UUGUUUGCGUGUUUGAGAUACUGCUGAGUGCUGAAGACGUUUGGUUUUUGACUUGUUCCGUUUAACCUUUGACUAAAUCUUAAAGUUUUGACUUAAUGCUCAGAUUUCAAUCUUCGCGUAUGUUGUGUUUGGAUUUGGAAUUUGAUCAAGGUGAUGGCCUAAUAGGAGAGAAUUAGGAUUGAGAUUGGAAUUUUUUUUUUUUUUUUUUGUACUAAUAGUAUUUCGUUGUUCAUUGCAAACUUCUAUAUGAUAGAGGAGGGGAGUGAAAGUGUUUUUGAACUCUUAUAUCUACUUUUAUUCCUGAAAUUGAGCAUUAGAAAUGCAAUUUAUGGAUCUCUCAAUUGUUUUCUCUUUUUACUCGCAACGCUGCAGCCUAGUGUAUUAAGGUUCAACUUGAACAAGUUCUGCGGUUUUGAUAAUUUCAUCUUGCUGCCGCAGUGGUAUUAGGACUCUCACACAUACAUGGUUUACAUGGCUUUGGCCUCUGUAGCCUUAGAUCCUGGUUAUAUUCUACAUAUAUGAUCUUUCCAGGUUCAUUGAGGUCAAUUGGCUGCAGAUUUUUCCAGCUAUUCUCAAUGGGGUGGAUGCUUAGAUAGCUGACAGUGAAGUACAGAGAGAAAUGAAAGACCUGCCAUCUGGAUUAAUUAUUGGAAUUUCCAUUGGGGUAGUGAUUGGAGUGAUUUUGGCUAUACUUGCACUUUUUUGCUUUAGAGUACAUAGAAAACACUCUCAGAUAGGGAAUAGCAGCUCAAGGAGAGCUGUUACAAUUCCAAUUCGUCAAAAUGGUGCUGAUGCAUGCACAACAUUGUCAGAUUCCUCUGUUGGUACCGAGUCACCAAAAACAACCACCCAAAAUGGGACAUCCAUAUGGUUUGGGAGCCUUAGGAAGACAAAUAUGGUAUCUGCAACUGGGAUUCCAGAGUUUUCUUACAAGGAUUUACACAGAGCAACUUACAAUUUUUCCACAUUAAUUGGCCAAGGGGCCUAUGGGCCUGUUUAUAAAGCUCAGAUGCCAACUGGUGAGACUGUUGCUGUUAAAGUGCUUGGAACAGAUUCUAAACAAGGAGAAAAAGAGUUCCACACAGAGGUCAUGCUACUUGGAAGGUUACAUCACAGAAACCUUGUGAAUUUAGUUGGAUAUUGUGCGGAGAAGGGUCAAUGCAUGCUUAUCUAUGUCUACAUGAGUAGAGGUAGCUUGGCUUCGCAUUUGUAUGAUGAGGUACUAGAGCCAUUGAGCUGGAAUUUGAGGGUUCAAAUUGCCCUUGAUGUUGCAAGGGGCUUGGAGUAUCUUCAUGAUGGGGCAGUCCCUCCUGUGAUACACCGAGAUAUCAAGUCUUCCAAUAUUUUGUUAGAUCAGUCAAUGCGUGCCAGGGUUGCUGACUUUGGGCUUUCAAGGGAAGAGAUGGUUGACAAACAUGCUUCUAACAUACGAGGAACAUUUGGAUAUCUUGAUCCUGAGUAUAUAUCAACAAGGACAUUCACCAAGAAGAGUGAUGUUUACAGCUUUGGUGUAUUACUCUUUGAACUUAUUGCAGCAAGAAAUCCUCUUCAGGGCCUUUUGGAGUAUGUUGAACUAGCUGCUAUGACAACGGAUGGGAAGGGUGGCUGGGAGGAGAUAGUGGAUUCCCGUCUUAAUUGGAAGUAUGAUGUGCAAGAACUUAAUGAUGUGGCAUCGCUUGCAUACAAAUGUGUCAACCGCGUACCCAAGAAAAGGCCUUCCAUGAGAGAUGCUGUGCAGGUUCUAGCAAGGAUACUUGAAUCCAGACGCAGCAAAGAGCAUCACAAACAAUUGGCUGCCACACCGGAAGAGGUUAGCAUCAAUGUGGACCAGCUAGAUCAUCGGAGCCCAAUAUCUGGACACCGGCGGGUGGAAUCUGUGGACAGCACCACCGAAUCCUGUUAAAUUUGGUUACAGUUCGUUUCCCGCUUCAACUUUUUCUUUUCUUUUCUAGUUUUGAUUUGUAAUAUAGGUUCACAACUUCAUAGGAUCCAGAAAUUAGGCCCCUCGUAGUCUGUAUGAUAUCUCUUUACAUUUUGCUCUCAUUUUUCUUUCGAUCUGUAUAUUCUGAUAAAUGGUUAGACAAGAGUGAAACAUUUCCUUGUUUCAAUGUAUUUUGACAGCCUCAGCCUCUAAAGUUUUGGCUAAUUGGCUCUCAUUCCAUGUCCAGGCAUCAAUAGCUACAUAUGUACCUUUUGCA